ACAAGUUUUUUGGAAAAUAUGAUUCGUCUGGCUCCACCUUACCCAAAUCUAAACAUGAUUCAGACAUAUGUAUGUCAAGUGUGUGAAGAAACCCUUGCUUACAGCUUAGAUUCCCCUGAACAGCUAUCUGGAAUAAGGAUGGUUAGACAUCUCACUACAACUACUGACUACCACACACUGGUUGCCAAGUAUAUGUCUGGAUUUCUCUCCUUGUUAGCCAUGGGCAAUACCAAAACAAGGUUUCAUGUUCUGAAAAUGCUAAUGAAUUUGUCUGAAAAUCCUGUCAUGACAAAAGAACUACUCAGUGCUGAAGCAGUGUCAGAAUUUAUGAGCCUUUUUAACAGGAAAGAGACAAAUGACAAUAUUCAAGUUGUUCUAACAAUGUUUGAGAAUAUUGGUAACAAUAUAAAAAGGGAGUCAGUGUUGUUCACUGAUGAUGAUUUCAGUCUUGAGUCACUUAUUUCUGCAUUCCAUGAAGUUCAGGAAUUUGCUAAGGAACUGCAAGGCAAAACAGAUGGUCAAAAGGACCCUGAGGCAGACCGAGAAAAUUAGUAUGAUUAAUCACUUGCCUUUGUCCUUAUGUUCCUAAGUUAACAAUUCCUUGAAUAAUGUUUUGAAUUACAUAGUUGAUUCUGUGUUGUAAUGUAUAUCUUUAUUGCCAACACUGACUUUGCCCAACUGUGUAUGAGCUGAUUCUUCUGAUGCCAAAUGAAUAUUAGAACUGAAAGCACAUUUGUUGAUAUUUGUGUUUUUGUCCAGAUUGUGACACUUACAAAGUGAACUGAACCAUCAAAAGUAAGCCAGCUACCCUCCUAAUUGUUGUUCUAGUGUAUUGAGGUCUAUUUGAGUCUUGUUUGUGUUUUCAAUAAAGUUGUGUUAAAGUUGUCA